AUGACGGGGAAGCUUGUUAAGAAGCUGUACGAGGACAAGUCCGGUAUUACACGAUCCUGUGUUUUGUACAAAUUCUGUGGUACGUUGACCCGAUGCCUUGAAAGCCUCGAAAGAGUCGAGCAGGAACACCCGGAUAGCAACUCCACCACAGAGGCACUCAAACAGAUACUCAAUGCUGCGUACCAAGUUGAGAUAACAGUCCGAUCAAGUUCUACUUUCAUCCAUUUACUCCUCCAAAGAAUGAAGCAGGCUACUCGAUAUGGAUGGAUAUAUAAGAUCGUCCAGGGUAUGCCGUGGAGCCAGAGUCCCCGUAUUGAUGAUGAUUGGAAGAAAAAAGUUGCUGCCGAGAUGUUGGCCAGUCUAAGUGCUACCAGAUUAGCAAAGAGCAUAUCAUCCCAGAUCAAAGAUCGUCUCAACAAAUCCCACGAUGCCUUUCUGACAGCACUCAAGCAACUGGAAAUGAAGCACUCGGGACGACUUACUAAGAUCGAAGAGGAGCGGUUGAAACUACGGAAAGUGCAUGCACCGAGAGUUGCCAAGGUUGCGCUGGAAAGCACCUCACUAAAAGAUGUCAUACUUUAUGGUAUGCCACAGAUGGGACGUGAAAUCGGCCGUGGUCAAUAUGGAGUUGUCUACUCUUGUGACUCAUGGGCAAGUUACACCCCCUGUGCCAUAAAGUCGGUUGUUCCCCCUGAUGAAAAACACUGGAAUGAUCUUGCUCUCGAGUUCUUCUACACAAAGAAUAUCCCCGACCAUGACAGAGUUGUUAUGUUACGUGGCUCUGUGAUCGACUACAGCUACGGAAGUGGUACUCCCGCUGUAUUGCUCAUCAUGGAUCGACUACAGAGAGAUCUGUACUCGGCAAUCAAACAAAAUCUGGACUGGGUCUCAAGAUUACAGGUUUCUAUCGAUGUGGUCGAGGGGAUACGGUUUCUUCAUGGUCAGGGCCUUGUUCACAGAGAUAUUAAACUGAAAAAUGUCCUAUUGGAUAAGGACAAUCGUGGGAAAAUCACAGAUCUUGGUUUCUGUAAGCCAGAGGCAAUGAUGAGUGGGAGUAUUGUGGGUACUCCAAUCCAUAUGGCACCCGAGCUGUUUUCGGGAAGAUAUGACAGCAGUGUGGAUGUUUAUGCAUUUGGAAUUCUGUUUUGGUACAUCUGCGCGGGAAGCGUCCGUCUGCCACAGAAUUUCGAACAGUGCGCCAACAAGGAACAGCUUUGGAAUUACGUAAAAAAUGGUUUAAGGCCAGAGCACUUGCCCGUGUUCGACGAUGAAUGUUGGGACCUGAUGUCGAAUUCUUGGGAGUGUGAACCAGCCAAACGCCCGCUGCUCGGGGAAGUGCAUGCUACACUCCAGGGCAUCUACGACAGAUAUCGAAACAAACCAGGCGGACCAACGAAAACAGCGAAAGAAUCCCCACCGAAACCGUUGACCCAAAAGAAUGUUAAAUAUAAAUUGAAGGACAAGAAGUGACUAUCUAACAGUAACAAGGCAGAUGGGAAAACCAAGUGCCUUUAUGGAACCAUUUUUGUCCAUGAUCAAUGACUUUGUGACAGACUUGUCUCAUAAUUUAAGGGUUUCAUGUUCAAAGCAGGGUAAAGGGCUUAGGGUUCUUCCAUUUAAACAUUAAGGCACUUUUGAAUUAUAUAACCACCCUUUUGGGGUCCAAAUUAGUGAAAAAAGAUACCCACCCCUAUACUAAGAAAAAAAUUGCCUUCACCCUGUGGGGGUAUAUGAAAUUGUAGCCGAUGCAAUUGAUACUAAUUUGUAGGUUUUUUUUCUAAUUUUGAUGCAAGUGUGCAAGCAAAUAUCAGCUGUAAAAAAGUCAUUAGCUCUCGAUUUCAGGGCUCAUCUUGGGCCCGUAUUCACAAAUGCCCAGGGACCAUGAUUACAAACAGUCUCAAGUCAAAGUCUAGACUAAAAAAGCGUUAUUAUGAAGGAACAAAAAAUCAUAUUUAUUACAUUUCUUUUACAAAAAAUAAGUAAAUAAUUGUAAAACAUUCAAAAAGUUAUAUAUUUCAGCAAAAUUCACCAUCAAUGUGUUGAUACUAGGAAAAUCACAAUGAAAUGAUGUUCUGCCAUAAGGAGUCUUGAGUCUUAAAUCUGACAUGAGACUGUUCAUAAUCACUGCCCCUUCCCAUGGCCCCAGGUAAUUUUGGCUUCAAUAACGAUUGAGUUUUGAAUGAGUAUAAACAAGAAACGAGCAUAAGCAACCAUUUACAGUGCUCCUGUUUUCAUUUUUAGUUCUCCAUAACCUCAUAAUUUUAAAUACACGUGACAAUUUUGUUAAUUGGGUUAUGUUUUAAAGGAAGGUAUUAUUGCAAUAUAGACAAUGUAUAACAUAAUGUAUAAUGAGAUUCAAUAUUUUAUUAAAUAAUAUGCACUGAAUUUAACAUUAAUGUGCUUUUCUUCAUUUCAUUCAUGUUUAGAGCUUUGGGCCGAUUGUUCAGAACUUCGAUAAAGUUAACAACAAGAAUUGCCACAUUGUUUUAACUUUUAAACUUUUACAAUAUGAUGAAUUGCUCACAAAUUAAAAUAUGAACAAGUACAGCUGAAACAGUUGUCUCAAAUCUUGUUAGAAAUACAGCAGAUCACAAGUCUAGUAAACGAUUUGAAAGUUCACAACGAGAACAUUAACAACAUUGUUAAAUGCUUUUUAGUAGUAGCUGUGAAAAUCUUAAAUCUGUUGUAUCAUCACAGAUGGUAUUGACUUAUUAGCAUUUGUUUCUUUCUGCUAUGUUUUCAUCUUUAAUACAGAAUACAAUUCAUUUCAUACAAAAAUGUUGCAGAAUAAUAAAAAUAUGACAUUAAGCGGAUUUUACGCCUAAAAUCUUUCUUAAACCAGACUCCAGAUAUGUUAUCAAACUUGGCACACAUGGUACCAAAGCAUUCGAAACUCCUCAGCUAUUUUCCAUCAAAAACAACCCCGGAUGAAUGCCAGUUCAUCAGUAGAAGUAGUUUGUAACAUUUUGACGAUGAAAACAUUGACAACAUUGUUAACUUUAACAAAGUUCGAAACAAUUUACCCAGUGUUGGUUUGUUCUAAUAUGCUUGUAGUUCAUCAGUAUUGCACAUUUCAAAAAUGGCAUGAACAAUGACUUUGAAAAACAUAUACAUGUAUGCACCAACUGUUCUAAAUAAUUAUUAUCCCAUUAUUAACCAUUCAUGUAAUUGAGCUGUAAUAAAGGGAAAAGUAUGUUCUUGAGUGGUAAUAAUUGUUCUUGGGUGGUUACAAAUCAAUGAUCUUGAUGAUGUGGGUUGGAAGGUUCUUUUUUCAGUGGUCAUUAAUGUUCUUGUUCUUGAGUGAAGAUUGUUCUUGGGUGAUAAUGUAGGUUCUUAUUUUUCAGUGGUGAUUAUUGUUCUUGUUCUUGAGUAAAGAUUGUUCUUGGGUGAUAAUGUAGGUUCUUAUUUUUCAGUGGUGAUUAAUGUUCUUGUUCUUGAGUGAAGAUUGUUCUUGGGUGAUAAUGUAGGUUCUAAUUUCUCUGUGGUGAUUAAUGUUCUUGUUAUUGAGUGAAGAUUGUUCUUGGGUGAGAAUGAAGGUUCUUAUUUUUCAAUGGUGAUUAAUGUUCUGGUUCUUGAGUGAAGAUUGUUAUUGGGUGAUAAUGUAGGUUCUUGUUUUAGAGUAUUGAUGUUUGUUCUUCUUGGAUCAAGAUUUGUGUUCUUGAGUUUAAAUAAAGUUCUUGAGUGGCACUGAUCUCGAGUGAUUAUAUAUAUAUAUAUAUGUUUUUAAUGGUAAUUAUUGUUAUCGAAUGUAGGUUCUUGUUUUAAAGUAAUGAGGUAUUUUUCUUGAUUGAACUUCAUGUUCUAGAUUGAAGCUGUUUGAUCUAGAAUGGAAGUGAAGUUUUUAAGAGGUACUGUAGAAUAUUGUCAUAUGUAUGUUCUUCACUUGAGGAGUAAAUAUGUGUGUUCUAGAGUGAGAAUGAAAGUCUGAGUGGUAGUAUAUGUUCUUGAGUGGUAAUUGUGUGUUCUUAUUAAUAAAAUGAUGUUCUUGAGUUCAUAUGUAUGUUCUUGGGUAGUAAUGAAUGUUCUUGAGUGGCAAUGUACGUUUUUGAGUGGUAAUGUAUGUUCUUGAGUGUCAAUGUAUGUUUUUGAGUGGUAAUGUAUGUUCUUGAGUAGCAAGGUAUGUCCUUGAGUGGCAAUGUAUGUUUUGAGUGGUAAUGUAUGUUCUUGAAUGGUAAUGUUUGUUCUUGAGUGAUAAUGUAUGUUCUUGAAAGGUACUGUUUGUUCUUGAGUGGUAAUUUAUGUUCUUGAAUGGUAAUAUAUGUUCUUGAGUGGCAAUGCAUGUUUUUGAAUAGAAAUGUAUGUUCUUGAGUGCCAUUGUAUGUGCUGGAAUGCAGUAAUGUUUGUACUAUACAUGUGACAAUGCAAGAUAAUGAUUUUGUGCAAUACUCUAUUUGCUUACCAGCAGGCUUUUUAGUUUUAUAGGAUCUACCAUUUUACCACUAUGUUUGCAAGCCUGCAUGUUAAACUUGUGUUGGAUAAUAUUUUCUAGCACACCGGAUAGGCAUUUCCGGUGAAUUCAGCCGUGCUGGAAAACUCCAUCUGGCAUCCCCCCAUGCCAGAUGAGUCACGCGCUGUGACGUAAUACUUUCAAUUUCUUUUAUUAAACACUAAAUGUCACCAUAGUUAUGAGAUUUCAAUUGAUGAGUUCCAUUAACAUUAACUUUACAAAAAUAUUCCUUAAAACAAAACAAAAUAACCCUUAAAAGACGUGAUAUCGAAGGAACAUAUUGACGUAUGCAGGUAAUACAAAUUACUGCGCGUCAUGAUGUCAGUAAACAUCAUCGCACGCACUUUUUGGUGAUAUGUACAAAAACGCGCUUUCUUAUGUAAUUUCUUCACAAAAAAUGUAAUUAAAGGUAUGCUAGAAAAAAAUAUCUAUCAUGUGUGUCCGUUCCGGAUAGAAAAAUCCGACACUCGGGCACGCUGCGUAGCCGGUAACUCGGCAAGCCUCGUUACCUGUCAACGCAGGUGCCCUCGGGUCGGAAUUUUCUAUCCGGAACGGGAACACAUGACAUAUAUUAUUAAUGUUAUUUGAUGAUGUGUUAUUUGAUGAUGUCACAGACGUUUUCUCAUCAGAAAUGUUAUAAUAAUAUUUAGUGAAGAUAUGCAUAAAAUAUUUUCAUGUCUAAUCUUUGUUAUGUUAUGUACAAAUCAUUGUUAACCAUUCCCAAUGAAAUAUAACUCUUUGUUUCUUCAAAAAGAAAUCAGGGUAUAGCCACAAUAAACCUGGUUCCAUCUUCACUAACAUCGUAAGUCUGAAUUUGAGACUCGGGCUCAGAUAACUGAAAUCUUAAUUAUUUCCAAAUAUCUAUUAUAUAACAUUGUUUAUAAAAAAGAUGUCUGUUUGAAUGUUGUACAUUUUUGUUUGUAAAAGGUACAACCACUUUUAUCAUCUUUGCACCUAUGAAAGCAUGUUUACAACAAAAUAAAGAUUUUGCUUUUUUGAGCCUGUCUAAGGUCUCAAAAUCAGACUCAAAUGUUAGUAAAUAUGGCGGGCCCUGCCCUGUAUGUAGGUGUGUGAUUUUGGCAGGUGAUAUGGGGAAGAAAAACACUUGUAUUGUUGUAUGCAUAUCAUAAUCAGGUAGUUACAGAUAUGGAUUAAUCUUUUAAGGCCACUUAUUUCUGUCAUUGGGCCAUUUGUUCAGAAAUUUGUUGAAGUUAAAAGCAUGAUGAAUGACCUUCACAGAUUGAACAUUUUGACAACUUAUUUAUUUCUUGUCUUGGAAAGAGCCAAUUUUUGCGAGAUUCCAUGGAAACCAGUUAUAUAAGAUUGCUGACAAAAAAAAGAUUGCAGAUUUUUAUAUGUAAGUUCAAAAAUUGAUGUUUUAUGCAUAUUUCUUAAGCCGUUAGUAACGGUUUAAGCCAUAAAACAUUAAUUUUUGAACAGAAAUAGGAAAAUCUGCGAUUUGAUCUUUUGUCAGCAAUGUUUUAUCAUUGGUUUGCAGAUAUUUACGCAAAAAUAUGCUCUUUCCAAGACAAAAAAUAAAAAAGUUGUAAAAAUGGUAUAUCUGUGAGAGUGCAGCUUUAAAAGUGAAAAAUAAUAUGUUGGGCUCCUAAUUUUAUAAAAGGCAAGUUCAUUUAAAACAAUUGUCUCAAAUCUUGUUAUAUAAGGAAUACUAGGGAACAUAAGCAGGCCUUCCAGCGUUCCUACUUUUUCCUACUUUUCCUACUUUUUCCUACUUUUUAACAGCUUCAAACUUUUUCCUACUUUUUUCUAAAAAACUCCUACUAUUCCUACUCUUUUGAAAAUAAAGUCCGCAAAAAUAUUAAAGUUUGUUCUUUGAGCUAGUUUUAUUUGCAGAAAAUGAAUAAAAGAUGUCAAACUGGCUGGUUUCUGUUGUUGAAAGGUGUGGCAACAUGUUCCACUUUGACGUGCAUCCUCUUUUCACACACACACAGUUCAGCAACAGAAACCGACCAAGCAUCAUUCACUAAAAUAUUCAAUGUGGCAUAUAGAAUGGUAUGAUUUUGCAUUAAAAACAUCUCCUCUAGGUAAGUUUAUAGCUAUUAAUAAUUACAUAUUUAACCAAAAAUAUUCCUACUUUUCCUACUUUUUUUGUAAAAAAUAUUCCUACUUUUUCCUUCUUUUUCUGUCAGAAAAUCUCCUACUUUUUUCCUACUUUUUUGUUAGUGGCUGCUGGAAGGCCUGCAUAAGCCUACAGUGAGACCUCCAGAGGAAUUCCGAUUUGAAAGUUAACAACGAUGAUGUUAACAAUGUUGUUAACUUAAACCAAGUUCUGAACAAUUGACUCAAUGUCACUGAAACGUUGCAUCCAACUUGCUUUAGUGUAUUUAUAGACCAAAUCUCACAAGAAAGUAUGAUAUUUUUAUAUGAAUAUAUAGGUCGGAUUUAGUCAAUACCAUUGCUAACACAGUCCACAUGCUGAUAAAUAUUUUCUUUUCUUCAUAAGGCCACACCAAAUGAUUUGUUGAAUGGUUUUACCAUCCCUGUUUUUUUAGAAAAUAAAAUUAAGUGUUUAUAAACAUUUUUAAAGGACUGCUCCUGUUUUUUUCAGAAGAAAAAAUCGAGAAAAAAUGUCCGUUGAAACAAUAGUUCUAUAUUUAAAAAAAAUAAAUAACAAACUUAAAUGCCAUAAGAAUUUUGUCGCAUCAAAUCAGGCAAAAUGUAGGUCUCUGGCCUUUCAGAAAGGCUGAAACAGUUUUUAAUUUUUAAUAUCUUAAAAGUGAUAAUUGUAUUAUAUAUUAAAUUAUUAUAAAUAAUUGUAUAGAAAAAACAAGUGUGCUUUUGCCCACUUCUGUUUUUAAUUGUAUUUAAAUGCAUUUUCAUUUCACCCACUUGAUUCCAUUGUUUUUCGCCAGAGUAUAUCGAACAAGACAUUUGUUGAAUGUUUUUAUAUUCUUUGUGUAUACAGGAUGAUUUAUACUCUCUUGAUUAUGUAAUUAUAAGCUGAAUAUCCAAUAUUCUCCCUCUAUUUAUUUGUUUUACGUAUCAAAUUGUUACAGAUGUGUGAUUUUCUACAAUAAAGAACACUCACUA